CCCGCCGGACUUCACUCGCAUCUCACUCUCCUCCCACACACUCCUCAACUCCACUCUUUCUCUCUCUCUCUCUCUCUCUCUUUCUCUUUCACCAGCAGUGGAGCCGGACACCAUCAAGUCAACAUGAGUUACUCCAACGACUUCCACAGCAGCAGCUCCUAUCGGAAGAUCUUCGGAGAUGCACCCCGCUCCGGACGCGUCGGUCUGGGCAGCAGCAGCAGCCCGUCCCGCAUGCACUCCUCCUCCUCCGCAGGGUACCGCAGCAGCAGCGGGCCCCGCACCUACGGCUCCCCCAACAUGGUGUCCUCUUCCAGCUACCGCAGGACAGGCGCUGCUCCCGGCCGCGUCUUCUCCUCCAUGCAGGACUCUUCCAUGGACCUGGCGCAGUCCACCGCGGUCACCAACGAGCUGAAGAUCGUGCGCACCAACGAGAAGGAACAGCUGCAGGGACUCAACGACCGCUUCGUGUCCUUCAUCGAGAAGGUGCACAGCCUGGAGCAGCAGAACAAGGUGCUCGAGGCGGAGGUCACCAUGCUGCGGCAGCGCCACAACGAGCCGUCCCGCCUGCACGAGCUCUACGAGCAGGAGAUCCGCGAGCUGAGGGCGCGCGUGGACGAGAUGACCCACGAGAAGAGCCAGAUGCACGUGGAGUGCGAGCAGAUGAACGACAAUCUGGAUCGGGUGAGGGAGAAGCUGGAUGAGGAGACGAAGCUCCGCGAGGAGGCGGAGAACACCCUGAAGGGAUACCGGAAGGACGUGGACGACGCCACCAUCUCGCGCCUGGAGCUGGAGAAGAGAGUGGAGUCACUGCUGGAUGAGAUCUCGUUCCUCAGGAGGGUGCACGAGGAGGAGCUGCUGGAGCUGCAGGCGUCUCUGCAGGCCACUCAGGUGUCGGUGGAGAUGGACAUGAAGCAGCCGGACCUGACGGCGGCGCUGAAGGACAUCCGGGCUCAGUACGAGACUCUGUCGGCCAGGAACACGGCCCAGUCUGAGGACUGGUACCGCUCCAAGUUCAACAGUGUGACAGAGGCAGCUGCUCGCAACCAGGAGGCCGUGAAGCACUCCAAGGAGGAGCUGAGCGAGUACCGCAGGCAGGUGCAGGCCCGCACCCUGGAGAUCGAGGCCCUCAGGGGCCACAAUGAGGCCCUGGAGAGGCAGAUCGCCGAGAUGGAGGACCGCCACAACAACGAGAUGGGAGAUAUGCAGGACACCAUCCAGCAGCUGGAGUCCGCCCUGCGCAGCACCAAGGGAGAGAUGUCCCGUCACCUGCGUGAGUACCAGGACCUGCUGAACGUGAAGAUGGCCCUGGACAUCGAGAUCGCUGCCUACAGGAAGCUUCUGGAAGGUGAAGAGUGCCGCCUCAGCACUGUGAGCGGCGCCAUGGUUCAGUCCGGAUACCCCGGCUUCUCCUACAUGUCGGCCCGAAGCUACAACCUCGGAUCCUACAGGAAGUCUGAAGCCAAGCCCGAGGAGGAGGAAGAGGAAGAGGCUGAAGAUGAAGAGGAGGAGGCAGAGGCCGAGGCAGAGGGAGAGGAGGGAGACGAGAACGAAGAGGAGGCAGAGGAGGGAGAUGAUGCUGAGGGAGAGGAUGAGGAAGAAGAUGAUGAGGAUGACAAGCAGAAGGAAAAGGAGAAGAAGAAGGAGGAGGGCUCCACCAACAAGACCACCAAGAGCUAAACUGCUAAAUCUUCAUCAUUCCCAAAAACACAUCACACUCUUCAUCACGCUCCAGACGCAUCACGCCCACCUAGUUUAACUGUCUCUGUUUGCUCUGUAAUUCAGACGUGAGUAGUACAAAAGCUAUUAGAUUGAGAACAAGUAUUUCAAAUGGCAGAAGAGGGUCAUCAUGAUUGUUUAAGCUAGCAUGAUGCUACAAUGGUUUUUUCUCCACGAUGAUUAUUUACAGUAAGAGCAAUCAAAAAACCUUCUCGAGUCAGCACACAGACUUUGAGACAAACGCACAGCCAGUCCAACUUUUACGGUGCUAUUUAAUUUUUACAUAUAAAAGUUCGGCAGUACUGAAAGUAAAAGAUUGUAUCACAGCUCUACCAGCUCAUUCUUGAAUGUUGGGAAGCAAAAAGGAAAAACGCUUCUGCACAUAAACACAGCAAGAUACAUGUUUUCACUCUUCUGCAUCCCACCACGAAAACGUACCAGUUACCAUUAAAGCCUUUUAUUUAAUUCACGGCAGUGUCACAGCACGGCAAUAACGGCAAAUCGGAGCUCAGAAAAACUGUAUAUAUACGAAUGUGUUGUAAGAGGUUGGAGGGUAUUUCCUUCAGCUUCUCCACCAGGGAAUGUAGAGUUUAAAUUGACGCUAUAUAAAUAUAUAUAUUUUUGAUUCUUUGAUUGAUUCAUUUGUCAAUUAGCCCCCUGUCAGAGUAUUCAUAUUUAUCUCCAAGCCCUUUUUUCGUUCUCCUUGUGAACAGUGCUUUUGUUUAAUUUUGCUAGAUAAAUGAACGUAGGUAGAUGUGAGGCUGCGGGUGUCGGACAGCUGAAGGUGACACUGACAGCCCUCAGUGAAGUGGCAGAUGUCGCCGGGUAAAGAGUAGCAUUUAAGGGCUAUUUUCACCUUAACCCCUUCCUUAUCACUUUGCUGUAAACAACAUAAUUUCUCCUUUUCCUCUGCUUUCUUUUUUGACAAAUGAAUCAACCAACGGGCAUGAAUGCAUGGCCUGACUCUUCGAGCUUGAAUAUCUGCUGGAUGGGAUAGAUGUUUUGCUUGUUGUGUGUUCAAUUUAAAAAAGAAUUGCCUUAACCAUGUCUGAAAGUGAAAACAAAACAUGUGUUCCCCUUCUUCAUCUCAAUUGUUUCUGGGGAGGCUGAGGAGUUCUGGCUCUCCAGACCUCUGCUAUACAACUGUGACUUACAUGCUGCUAUCUCAUGCAGUAAUAUUCCUUUCAAAGCCAAAUAAAGACAUUUAUUAACCAAAUA